CCAGAGCUACCUGCAAGCUGCAAGUGAUGUCCCUGUGGGUCACAGCCUGGACCCCUCUGCCAACUACAACUCCCCAAAAUUCCGCUCGAGGAACCAGAGCUACAUGAGGGCCGUCAGCACCCUGAGCCAGGCCAGCUGCGUGAGCCAGAUGAGUGAAGCGGAGAUCAAUGGGCAGUUUGAGUCAGUGUGUGAAUCUGUCUUUAGUGAAGUGGAAUCUCAGGCCAUGGAUGCCCUUGACCUCCCUGGAUGUUUCCGAACAAGGAGUCAUAGUUACCUUCGAGCCAUUCAAGCUGGUUACUCCCAAGAUGAUGAAUGUAUCCCCGUGAUGACACCCUCCAACAUCACCUCAACCAUCAGGUCAACAGCAGCUGUCUCAUAUACGAAUUACAAAAAAACACCCCCACCAGUACCUCCUCGUACCACCUCCAAGCCUCUGAUCUCGGUGACGGCUCAAAGCAGCACUGAGUCCACCCAGGAUGCCUACCAGGACAGCCGCGCCCAGAGAAUGUCCCCGUGGCCCCAGGAUGGCCGUGGCCUCUACAACUCCACAGACAGUCUGGACAGCAACAAGGCCAUGAAUCUAGCUCUGGAAACGGCUGCGGCCCAGCGCCAUGCCUCAGAUAGCCAGAGCAGCUCCGUGCGGACCAGUGACAAGGCCGUUCUGGUGUCCAAGGCUGAGGAGUUCCUCAAGAGCCGAUGCUCCUCCAUCGGAAUUCAGGAUUCUGAAUUCCCAGAGCAUCAGCCAUACCCAAGGUCAGAUGUGGAAACAGCUACGGAUUCUGACACGGAGAGCCGAGGCCUGCGGGAAUACCACUCUGUUGGUGUGCAAGUGGAAGAUGAAAAGCGACAUGGACGUUUUAAACGUUCUAACAGCGUCACGGCUGCCGUCCAAGCCGACUUGGAGCUGGAGGGCUUCCCGGGACACAUCACCAUGGAGGACAAAGGCCUGCAGUUCGGCUCAUCCUUCCAGCGGCAUUCAGAACCCAGCACCCCUACCCAGUACGGAGCGCUCAGAACUGUACGGACCCAGGGACUCUUCAGUUAUAGAGAAGACUAUAGGACCCAAGUGGACACUUCAAACCUUCCCCCUCCUGACCCUUGGUUGGAGCCAUCCAUUGAGACAGUAGAAACUGGAAGGAUGUCUCCAUGCCGCAGGGAUGGCUCAUGGUUUCUGAAACUGCUGCACACAGAGACGAAGAGGAUGGAAGGCUGGUGUAAAGAGAUGGAAAGAGAAGCAGAGGAGAACGAUCUUUCAGAAGAAAUUCUCGGUAAAAUCAGGAGUGCUGUUGGGAGUGCCCAGCUUCUCAUGUCUCAGAAAUUCCAGCAAUUUUAUUGGCUUUGCCAACAAAAUAUGGACCCCAGCGCCAUGCCGAGACCAACGUCCCAGGACCUAGCUGGGUACUGGGACAUGCUGCAGCUUUCCAUCGAGGACGUCAGCAUGAAGUUUGAUGAGCUGCACCAGCUGAAGCUCAAUGACUGGAAGAUAAUAGAGUCACCAGAAAGAAAGGAAGAACGAAAGGUCCCCCCUCCAAUACCAAAGAAGCCCCCCAAAGGAAAAUUUCCUAUUACUAGAGAAAAGUCUCUCGACCUGCCCGACAGACAAAGGCAAGAAGCCCGGAGACGCCUCAUGGCCGCCAAGAGGGCCGCCUCGUUCCGCCAGAGCUCGGCCACCGAGCGCGCCGACAGCAUCGAGAUCUACAUCCCCGAGGCCCAGACCCGGCUCUGAGCGCGCCCGCGCCUGCCUUUCCUUCUAACAAAUGCUUGUGCAGUUUGCUGCCUACCUGGUCACUGUCGCCCCACUCCCUCCCCCGAGCCCGCCCGCUCUGUGCUCUCUGUACCCCAGACAGACCGAACGCUCUGGACUUCCCAGAGCUGGCUGAGCCCGGGA